AUGGCUACCGACGAACUUCAAGAAGAAAACAAAUUCCCCGAGGAUCCUGGGGUGACAGAUAUUGCAUUUGUUGUUGAAGGAAAGAGGGUACAUACAAUUAAAGCAAUACUUGCCUGUGCUUCUCCUGUGUUUAAAUCUAUGUUUAAUUUGGAUUUCAAAGAAAAAUAUGCAUCUGAAAUAGAUCUACCUGGAAAGAAGCACGACGCAUUUGUGAAAUUUUUAAAGUGUAUAAUUCCAAUUGAUUACUUAGAAUUAGAUGGAAAUACAAUUGGAGAAAUUCUUCCUCUGGCAAAGGAAUACCGGGUUAAUGCUAUCAUUAAAGAGUGUGAAGCAUGGCUUCUGAAAGAAAUCGAAAGAAGAGAGUUUGUAAAAAAUAUGGAAAUUUCGAGGGAAGGAAAAUCAGAAUUUUUAUUGAGAUGCUACUAUUACAGUUGUGAAUAUAACUUGACAAAGUUGCAUGAUAGAACCUUCAAAAAACUCUUCAAGUUUCAAUUCAACAGUUACAAAGAUUCCGAGUUUUAUGCGCUUCUCUCCGACAAGAACAAAAUCGAAUUAUUAGAAAAGCGAGUUUCCAAUCUAGAUGAUACCAUAUCAAGAAAAAGGGAUACAUCACACCUCAUGUACUCAUAACAUUAUUACGGAAUGUAAUUUGAACAAACUGGAAUGUUUCAAAUUGAAUUUUUUCAUGAGAAUAUUUUUCCUUUGGUACCAACAAUUUAGGUCACUCAGGUGAUCUAUUGUUAUCUCUCUUCGUUUGUCGUCGUCCGUCGUGUGACGUGUCAUGCAUCGAGUUUUAAAAUUGGCAUAUUUUCAGUUUCUUCCCUGAAAGGACUGAACCAAUUUUAACUAAUUUUACCAUAAAGCAUUGGCGAGUGAAAGGAUCAAAAAUUGUGAAAAUUCAUUAUUCCUGCCCCCUCGCCCCGACGGUGGG